CGCCUUUGCCUUUGCCUCUGCCCACUUUCCUCCUGCUCCCUCCCCACUCUCGCUCCGUCCCUCCUCGUCUGCCUCAACCAUCUCUUUCUCGCUCUUCCUCUCUCUCUCUCUCUCUCUCUCUCUUCUUGCGUGUCUUGUCCCCUGCGCUCGGCGGUCCUCCUCUCUCUGACUGACUGCUGGGUGGGGGCCUUCGCUCGUUUACCCUGGUGGUGUCUUCUCUUCAUCCUGUCCUUCCUUCCUGCCUGCCUGCCCUCUUGCCUUGCCUUGCCUUGCCUUGCAUUCCUUUCCUUUCCUUUCCUUCCAUCCCCUUGGCUUCCUGCCUUUCGCAUCGUGCCUGUGCUCUCGAGAGCUCUGCGCUUCCUCAUUCUGCUCCUCGUCUCUCGAUUGCCAUGGUGUCUUGGUCUCCGUUCUGCGAUCGCUCGUAAACGUCUGGGCAAGCCUAGAUCGAUCGUGGACGAUUGAUCCGGAAGGAUAUGUCUUCUCGUAUGGUCGAAAGAUUAUGAAGAUUUACAAGGUUACCAGGAAACAUGUAGUACACGUGCAGAUAACGUAUAUUCACUAGAACUCUGUCAAUUUCAUUUGCAGCCUAGGUUUUGUUGAUUACAUGGAAAGGCGAUUGGCUGAACGCCCUCUAGUUUUCUCAUCUCUCUUUAAGAGGUUGUUGAACAACAAUUUUGAGUAGGACUGUAUUGAUUCGAAGAAUCACCUAAUCAAGGUUGUCAGUUGCGUAUUAGAUAUAUGAUGCCCGUACCCACUCCCGGCCAUCUAGUUGUGGACGAGCCGGAAACGUAAUCCUGCUAAUACGGAGCUAGAUACUCAGUUACUGAGGUGUUUGGGUACUAUAUGAGAGAGUUGAGGAGGAAAUGCCAUUGGUGGAAAGUGUUGCAGUAGGGCCAAGCCCUGGGCCACUACCAUUUUCUGCUAUUGCUGCUAGUUCUAGGAAAGAAAAGAAAAAGCAAGCUAAGGAAGAACGAGAUCGUUUGAAGCAGGCCGAGAAGAAAAAGCGACGCCUUGAAAAGGCUCUUGCCACUGCCGCGGCUAUUCGAACAGAGUUAGAGAAGAAAAAACAGAGACGGAAAGAGGAGGAACAGCGGUUGGAUGAGGAAGGCGCGGCUCUAGCUGAGGCAGUUGCAUUGCAAGUUCUCGUCGAUGAAGACUCCGAUGGGGUUGCCAGAUUUGGGGCUCCCAGGGAUGGCGAGAGGAAGGCUGCCAGGGAAGAAGAAGACAAGACCAUGAUACCUGCGGACAAGGUUGGAGAGGAGACAGGAAGUGCUGGCCCUUGUCUAGGAGUGCGCAGAAGAGAAAAUGUUCAACAUAAUGGACUUAAGAGGCAUGGUAGCUUCAAAUAUUCUGUUGAUGCCGAAGGCACUCACAGGGCUCCUCAUGACAGAGAGAUGGAGUGGAAUGCCACGGAUUGGGAUGCCUCUGAAGAGGGUGCGGAGCUUAGUGGCAGAGAGGACAUGGGGAUAGAGGGAGAACUAGUUGAAGGAGAAGAGGGGCGAACAUGGGAGGUCUAUAGUACCGCCGAAGAGAAGGCCCGAGCGAGCAAUGAGAGGGCAAGAGCAGCAGAGAUGGCCGCCGGAUUGGCUGCAGCGCAAGCAGUUGCUGCCCUCCGAAUUGCAGAAGAAGCCAGAGCAGAAGCAGAGGCUGCAAAGAAGGCUGCGGAAGCUGCAAUGAAUGAGGCCCUGGAUCGACGAGAUUCGCAACUCAAGCCAGAAUUCCUUGAUGAGAGCAAAGCGCAACCAAGAAGCGUGGAGAAGGAGAGGGAUGAGCUAAAAGCACGACUGGAGGAAACAGAACGAAAGCUGAAGGAAAAAACGCUACGAGUAUCGGAACUUGAGCAUAAUCUGGAGGAGGUGACCCAGUACUUUCUGGAAUUCAAGGCCAUGAUCGAAGGCUCCAAAGGUGAGACACUUGCAAUUUGCGAUGGCUCUAAGGAGAAUGGUGGGAGUUCUGAGAGGGAUUCUGAUUCCACACCGGCAGAGUCCUCUGGUGGAACUGUUGAUGAAUGACUGCUUUUAGAAUGAGAUGGUGUGAGAGUGGCGGUGAAAAUGUUUCGCAGAAAAUGAUACAGCCUAGCAUGGCUGCUGAUACUGCAUGUGCUCUUUCACUGCCUUGUUAUCACAUUUGUUAAGUAGAUUGCUAAGAAUAUUCUUUCAUAUUUUUUCAAGCUUCAAAGCUUGAAGUCAACUAUGGGAUUGCAUCUAGGACCAUCUAACUCUUCAAAGUUGUGGAAAGAGGUCUUGGUAGGGCAUGAAGUGUAGUAUAUUGUAACAAGUCUUUGGGCAAACUUGAACUCUGCUGCUGAAAAUUCAUUCAGGAGCACCAGCUUUAUCCGCAAUACAAAAAUUGAGUAAAGCAGGGUACCUUGUAAGUUUGUCUUUAUUUGCCAAUAUUUGUGAUCUGAGUCAGAAAUAUGUACGCUCUCCGAAUCCUUGGAAUAUGUCCGCAAGUUUUUACUGCGGUGUUCUUUUUCUCU